CAUAAUAAAUAUUUUCACACUUUUCCCUAACAAUAUUCACAUUUCACAAGAGCAAUCGGGGUUGUCUUUUUGGGAGUCUUUGAGGGAAGUUUACUAGGGAAAGAAUUUUCAGGAAAUCAAUGGCUGAGGGAGGAAUUGAGAUUCCAUCGAGUAGGAGUACUCUGGUAAAGUACAAUAAUCCUGUUCUUGUCGUGACACAUGCCGACAAGAGACCGGCAACAGCAGGCGUCUUGGGAAGUCCAACGAGCGCCGAAUUAUCGCCCAGGAGUAAGACAUCUCCGGGAACAGCACCGCCUGGAGUCACGGAGAGUCGAAAGGAAGCUGAAGAGAUCCUGAAUUCCGUCCUGCCGCCGAGAUGUUGGGAAGAAGAUGGUCAAAUGUGGAUGCAAACGGUGUCAAGUACACCGGCCACACGCCAAGAUGUGAUAAACCUCCAGGAAAUGCUGGACACGAGAUUGCAGCAGACUCAAGCGAGAGAAACCGGUAUCUGCCCAGUUCGUAGGGAACUCUACAUGCAGUGCUUCGAUGAACUUAUCCGCCAGGUCACAAUUAACUGUACAGAACGAGGACUUCUUCUGCUGCGAGUUCGAGAUGAAAUAGCCAUGUCAAUGGAAGCUUACGAAACCCUCUACUGCAGUUCAGUGGCCUUCGGGAUGCGAAAAGCCUUGCAGGCACAAGAAGGCAAGGAGAGUCUCCAGUUACUGGUCACUGUACUCCAAGCGGAGAAGAAAGUCCUCGAGAAUACAAUUAGUGACAUGAAGAUUAAAGCUGAUCAGGUGGAAAGACGCAAUGCUGAACUCAGAGCUUCGGAGGAGAAGAAGCACGCUGAAGAAAUUGCCUUCCUGAAGAAGACCAGUGCACAACUCAAGGCUCAACUGGAGGGUAUAAUUGCUCCCAAAAAAUAAAAAUACAAGACUGU